CACCGCCGGACCGUCAGGAUAUGCCUCCCGUAUAAGAAUUAGGUGGAAAAAACCUCAAGAAGCGCAUCACCUCGAAUUCGACUGGAUAGCGACCGCGAGAAUCGGGCACGUUUGACAGGAAUCAAACAAGAGUCGAUCCUCCCUCUGAAUCGCAUUCUUCCUCGUGGGUGAAUCCAUUCAGAUCGCUAGUCCGCGAUCAUCGCCCCUCCUGGAUCCUCCAGACGUCUCUGGGGGCCUGCCUGGCAAUCGAUACUGGGCGAUCGGAGGCGAUACGGGAUACCCUACCGGCAAUCUUACCCCGACCUUGGCCAGUCCUCCGUCCGUGGACUCGGCCGACCUGUAUCACUCGCUAGGGUUCUCACGAGUCACUACCGCCAACCUGGCUACUCUCGCGGUUCCGCCACCGGGCAUGGGGACGGCGCUAGAUGCGCUGACUGCCCCUCAGCCGUUGAACUCGCGCCGACCCGCAGCGCCGUCGCUGCCCAGCUUCGAAUUGCCGCCGCCUAACUUCCAGAUCGGAGGAGCCGCGGUGAAGUAUCACGCCCAUCCCGCGCAUCCCCAACCGCCGCACAAUCCCAGUCUCAAUAGCCUUUUGACGCCGCCCGCCUCGACACAGUCCGGCGACACCCCGACGACGACCACCGCCGCUGUGGCAACCGCCGCCGUUUCCGCAUCCCCUGAUCCGACCUCGACCUAUGCGCCCGCCUACUGGCAGGGUCACAGUUCAUACGGGGGUGCGUCCGCCGCACCGCGUCAAUCCUGGAGCGCGGGCGUGAACUCCUACCCUCCGCGAGACACAUUCUCUCCACCUGUAAACCAUCUCCAUCGAAAUCCGACAACCUCGCCCCCGGGGACGGAAGCGAUCCCCAGCCAACCGUACGACAUGAAUCAAUUGCCCCCCUUCCAGCAGCCGCUCGCGUCGAGUAUGCCGGGCUCGAACUCGCAGCAUCACACUAUGGCGCAUGCGAUGCUCACCGCGCAGGGUGGGCUUCCAAACCCGCCUCCGGCACCGCCAUCUCUCCCGUCGAACGACCCAUAUAUGACCAAAUCUUCCUCCGCGCCCUCGUACACCAGCAUCCAGCAAAUGUCUAAUGCCCCGGGUGGAUAUGCCCCCUACGGGCAACCGGGCAUCGGGAUUCACCCCCCGGGACGGGUGGCGUCCAAUCCUCCCCCGCAUCAUCUCAGUUACCAGCGACAGCCGUGGCCCUCGUACUCGUUGCCCGCGAUGAAUGGACCGGUAAUGACGAACGUACACAAUCCGAACGGACAGAUGUCGCUCCUGGGUAGCCUCCAACCGAACCUACUGGGAUUCAACAGCGGCCAUAUGGCCAGCAUGCAACAGAUGUACCCCGGGCACCCACCCCAUGCCGGGCACCCACCCGGUCCGGCAAACGACCGUCCCUUCAAGUGUGAUCAGUGCCCACAGAGUUUCAACCGAAAUCACGACCUCAAGCGACAUAAACGGAUCCAUCUCUCGGUGAAACCGUUCCCGUGCAACCAUUGCGAUAAGAGCUUUUCUCGCAAGGAUGCAUUGAAGCGACAUAUUCUUGUUAAAGGCUGCGGCAAAGACGUGUCUGACUCGACUCCCCCGAAACAGGAGAAUGACGGGGUGAAACAGGAAGACAAAGACCUGGACCAUUCGGUGUCGAUGUGAUAAAAAACCUUUUGUUUCUCCUCCCCCCCCCUCCUUGGGACCGCGAAUUUUGAACCUCAUGAUCUCCAUUCCCGACUUGACAUAUUCUAUCUUGACUUCUCCUUCGGAUUGACAACCCACACCAUCUCCCACGUCUUUGAAUUUUGUGAUUUAUUAUUCUUGUAUGCUCCACGAUGCGAUUGUAUUUGGCUUGUAUGUACCUUGGCGAGCCGGUCGGAUGGGAUGAUUGAUUAUAUUGACUGCUCUGUGAUCUUUUCCUCCUGAUUUUAUUUUAUUACCCUUUUUUUUUUCACUUUUUAUCUUC